AUGUCUCACCUACCUGACUUCUCCACAUCACCGUUUUUAUCGCAAAAACUUAUGGAAUAUGCAAGUCAUAUAUUCAAGUUUCUCACAAGCCAGAUCCGUGUAUCUGAGAAUGGGCGUCAUAAAAAGACCUCCUUGACUCAAGCGGCUGUUGCGCCGGAAACGCUUUUACCUCAUCAGGAGUUUCGAAAUUCCCUGAAAGGCCAGGAGGUCUUUGUCCCAAGCCUGUACAGCUUAUUCCCGGAGUGGUCCCCAAAAUUGCACCAAGGCUAUGAAAGAGCGCGUGAUGAAGUUAUUAACCCUUGGCUGGAGAGUAGAUGGGUUGAUAACUCGCAAACUUGCAUGAAGUUAAAGGCGGCCAAUUUUACCAUCCUUGCAGCAAUUCUUUGUGUGGAUACAUCGUUUGACAAGCUAUGCACAGUUGCCAAAUCUUUUGCAUGGUACUUUAUCUGGGACGAUCCCUACCUGAAGAAGUGCAAGGAAUACUUCCAAUAUCACCUUUUGGAGAUCGGGGAACACCCGGAUUUAUCACGUUGUUCCCAAGAACAACAAAAUGCGUUACUCUGUUGGAAUGAGGUGGGCCAGCACCUGCGCGAAAGUUGUAGCAGGAGUGUGUGCGAGGUGUUCCUUGACAAAAUGCUAGGAUACGUAGCCAGCGUCGACACGGUAGACUCUAUUUUCCAUAAAGGAAUGGUCCCGUCAUUGGCAGAAUACUGGCAGAGGCGAGACCUUACGGCAGGGGUUUAUCCGGUGCUGGCUACACUUCCGUUCAUCUACGGCAUCGAUAUCUCGAUGGAACACUUGAAAAAUCCUGCAUUUGCAGCCUUAUUAAGACAGACAUCAUAUGUCGUCCAUAUCACAAAUGACAUGUUGUCUAUGCGGAAGGAAGCAGUUAAGAGACAACCAAAUCGAGACCUCAUCCCUGUCAUUAUGCUGAACUAUGAGCUGGACUGUGACAGAGCAAUGCAAACCAGCUUCCAAAUGGCCAAGGAUGAAGUCAAAGGCAUCGUGCUGUGGAAAGCCUGCUCCAACAGGGAGGCGAAAGAAAAUACCUCUGAAAUACCGGAAAUUCUCGCAACUUCUUUUAUCAAAGGUUGCAAGGACGUUGCUAUGGGACUAAUUCAUUGGAGUUACUCCGGAGAACGUUAUUUCAAACAGCAGGAAUUCUGUGAUGAUAAGUCAGUGACCUUUAGAAUAUGA